AACGAUUACGAGCUGAACGGCUUUUUCGAUGGCACCACGGUAGCUGACGCACCGAGAAAUGCUGAGUUCGCCGACUGGAUUGCAGCCGGGGGCUUUUCGUUCAGCGAUGAAGAGUUAGGUGCUUCUGCGGGUGAUAUCGUGGGCGGGGUGGGAGCGAACACAAGUACGACGCUGUGAGUUGCCCUAGCUGAGCGGCCACACGUUCUCCUUCAUGAUCAGUAACAGCCCGUUUUGGCACUCCGCCCUCUUCAUCUUAUCUGCGGUGAGAAGAGAUGCGUCCGCAUUCCCGACAUGCCAACUUGUCAAAGCUACCCAGCCUGCCUUGGCCGCGCCUUCCUCGUCUUGCUACCGCGCUUGCUCGUGCUGACGAUGUUUAGCCCACUGGCUACGACGAGCGCGUUCCUAGCGCAACAUCCUGUCUUCUCCUCGGAUCAAGCCGCCGAGCUCGGUAGCUCAGGUUUUCUGGCCAACGGCGUACCGCUUGAGCCUGGUGACGUCCCUUUGAUGGACGUUUUGUGGCCAGAGCUCGCAGCACAAGCUUUUGCUUCCGAGCAGUGGGAUGCUCCUCUUCCACUGGACGUAGCCGACAGUAGCCUCCCGCCGAGGGCUAUAGUGGCUUCCGCUCCGGUUCCUUCGCUUGAAGAAGACGACGAAGACAGCGGGAGAAAGAAGAGACGACGGAUCCCGCCUAAUGCUAAGAAGCUUCUUGAAGAAUGUUUUGAGCACCACAGAGAGGAUCCUUACGUCCCGCAGGAACAAAUCGAGGAUUUGGCCUCCCGCACAGGCCUGUCGAUUCGCCAAGUUCGCACAUUCUUCGCCAACGCAAGAGCUCGAAAGCUACCCAAAGUAUCCAGUCCCCAAUCUCCGUCAUCGCCUCGAAAGGCUUCGAAGAUGGAUAUUCAACAAACUCAAAGCACGCAACCAGGGCCCAUGGAACGCUUCCUUUCAAGCUCCCCCGAAGACGAGGGCCUCUCCGAAGACGCUGUACGAGAAGCGGCAGUAUCGAUGAAGCCACCUACAGACGCAAGCCCCCGAAGACACUCUAGUAUAACCGACGCCAGGUCAGUCUCCGACAGUGCGCGGAGUUCAGCUUCAAGCUCUUCAGCCGCCAGCGUAGACUCCGUGAACAACCGCGGACCCCGCCGAGGCCGCAAGAGACAGCGCGAACCCACGGCGAAAAUCCUCCCGUCGAUUGAUCGCAAACCCUCCAGCCCCUCGAGGAAAUAUCAGUGCACCUUCUGCACGCUGGACUUCGCGCAGAAGUACGACUGGCGGCGCCACGAAGAGUCGGUCCACUUCCCACAAAAGGAAUGGGUAUGCAUACCAGAUGGGCCCGUGGACGCUUCACGCUGCGUCUUCUGUGACGAGUUGAAUCCGGAUCAAAGACAUUUGGACGCACAUAAGGCCAUCACUUGCUCGGAGACACCCCGUGCUCAGCGUGCGUUCUUACGCAAGGACAAGCUCAUUCAACACAUCAAGCAGGUGCAUGCUUGUCCACCCCCUCAAGGAAUUGGACGAUGGUGUCGGCCCGUUGUGCGCAGAGUCGUCCUUCUUUGCGGUUUCUGUGGUAAGACCUUGCCGGACUGGGCGACAAGAGUCGAGUAAGUGAGCUCAAUUUCCUCCGUGUAACGAUCUCGCUCUAAAUCCGAUGGGACGGAAGCUCUAGGCAACGCAGGAUUCUUUCCACCACCGCUGUCUUUCCG